ACCUACUUCAACUUCAAGAUCAACUUCAAGGACGUCAAGAGGCAAAUCAAAGAAAGCAGAGCUGCAGACAGGCUGCAGACACAGCUCUGGCCGGAUGGCUGCAGAUCGGCUGCUGGCGUGUUCCUCUUGGGCUUCUCAGGGAUCCAGCAGGCACGUUGCUCGGUCCUUGCAAAAGGGUGCGCCAAUGCAGGCCGCCCAAAGAUCGCAGGCACGUGUUUGACCAUUAGCUCUUUGUGCGUCAUGUGUCUCUGUUGAAGAGAGCGAGUUACGCCUUCUCUUUCCGGGUGCUUCAUACACAUCUAGGAAUAGCGCCUGCCGACACUUCCCACGGAAGGACUCUCCGGAUGCGGUGGAAGACAAAACUCUGGCACAUUUUCCCCCACCACAAUGCAGACCAUCUCCCAGCAGCUGGUCUACUCCGCUGAGCUUCUGGAUGCUGCGAAUCAACCACUACCCAAAAUCCAACACCAGGGAACAACAUACAUCAUUGGCCACCCAGGGGAGGUCUUUCGCAUCCGAGCACGCGUGCGUUUCCGCAACUCGUCGUCGCUAGCCCGCCCCAACAAGCCCCAGUUCAAAGUCUUUGCCAAAGUAGACGGCCAGUCUGUCGGGUACACUAAGCUCUGCUACGUUGCGGAUAACAUCUCAGGGGUUGAGGAAGGGGCCAGCGAGAGCGUGUGUUUCAGGGGGAAGGCGCACGGGGACCACCACAAGAGCCUAUUCACAUUCGCGGUGCCGGAAACUCGGCACAGAAACGAACCAGGCACGCGCGUGCUGCCUUUUGCCGAUUCUGAAAUGGGGACAAUUGUAGUGCGCUUUAGGGAGGGAUUGGUGUUGGAAGCGGAAGAUGUGAAGCACUUUAUGAAGCCGAGCUUGCGGGCGGGGGAGGGAGAGUUGACGCGCAGCAAGGGGCCGAAGGCAUCUGCCACUCAAAAGGCUGCGGUCCGGAGGAAGUACGAGACAGUGGACCUCUUUUGUAGGUUUGAGACGGCCGACGUCCUCAGACUGCGCGAAAUUCUGAACCUCGACAACCCUUCCCAUAAAGCGAUCUACGAGUCGGCUCAGGCGAAGUUCCGCCUCCAGAAAACGGUCCCAGAAGCAGGCCCCAUGUAUGCUCCCACCACUCCCUCUCAGAAUUACAGACACCUUGGGAACGGCGCAUCCUUGUCGGGGGUGGCAGCUGCGAGCACGUCGUUGGGACCCCCUGAACGGAGAAACUUGUUUGCGGGGAGGCUGGACUCGCAACGGGGGGUCCACGGGGCUGAGCUAUCGGACCCCCUGCCAGGUGACAAUUUGGAGGUCGUUUCGGCUCCGGGGAACGAAGUCCAGAGAGGGCGAGAGUUUGUCGGGGGGCAACUUAUGGGAACAGAUACGAUUGAGAAUGGGAUUGCAGCCGAUCAUGAUGUUGCUAGUGACGGGCUGCCUGGUGUAAAUGGACUCGGUCGAGGGGGAUCCCUCGGACGAUCUGCCCACGAGGCGCCUGUUCACACCACCCUUGAGCCCGUCCAAAGCGGAACGGGGCUUUUAAGCUUCGUACAAAUGCCUGAUCAGACGACCGGUGCCGCUUCGGAAGGGCACCGGAUACCUGCAUUGGCACCGCGCUUUGAAAACGGUAAUCACCCCUCCAGUGGAGCUGACCGGGAGUGUCAAACCUCCCGGGGUGAUGCAGAAUAUGAUGACUACGCCGCUCUUGCUUCCGGCCCGGUGGUCAACCGCACCCGGGGGGCGCUGGCGGCUGCCUGCCGAGAAGGACGGGCGCCCCUCAGUUUGUCGAGCUUGAAGAAACGAGCAGCGGAGCGGGAGGGUAUUUUCACCGAGAAGCGGAAAAGACCGACAGGCCCGAGGGAGAAGGUGACGAUCGAUCUGACGGCACAAUUGGGGGAAGGACCUGAGGAGGACGGGGCGUACAUUGCGACGGUCGAGCGGUUGCCGGCGGCGGCCGUGGUCCCUUUGGAUUGACGAAGGGGGGAAGUCGGGCCAUAAGGAUUAGAAGGUUAAGCAACGAAGGAUGAGGACGUGCAUUGCCGUUGCUUUGAAAGGGGCAGAGACGGCCGAGACUGGCUUACGAAGCCCGGAAACGGGUAAGCGGGCAAGGGGUGCGAACGGGCAGCCGUUGCUUUGAUAGCUUUUAAGGGGUUGAGGAACGACCGUCGACUCAGAAGAGCAUGCAUUUGCAUGUGCAUUGCAGUAUUAAGGACUGGAUCGGGCGUAAGUGUUGGACUGACCGGACGGGGCGGAGCUGUGCGGCCGCUGAUUUGAAUAGGAGGAACGAGGACUGUCAGGGAAUGGAGUGGGUGACCAUUGGGUUGGAACAAUAGUCAGGAUUAAGGACGGGUGAACCAUGAGCGCUGAUUAGAAAGGGCAAAUGACGCUUAAGCUAAUUGCCUCUCUUUCGUUUGGGAGCUCGAAGUGUUUCGGAAGACCCCAAUCUAGG